GAUGAGAGAGAGAUUAAAUAUGGAGAUCAUUACAUUGCGAGGUGCAUCAUGAUGCAUCUAUUGUGAUGUAACAGUGAAACCCUGAGUGCAAAACCUCUUGAGGACGACCUGUCAAGCAAGUUUUAUUUCAUCGAUAUCAGGUUCUGUCAAAAGCAGCAAGAUAUAAAAUGCCUUGAUCAUCCGCCCUUCUCUGCUGUCCCCUUUUUCAUCAUCAACACAGGACGCGCAGAUUUCAACUUAAAACCUCAAAUAAUACGCAAAUCACCUAAAUCACCAAUUACUUCAACCAAUCAUUAUGGGUCUCGGAGAAGAUAUCAAGGAGUUCGGAGAGGGCGAGAUGCAACAGCAAGGUGGAAACAACGGAAACGAUAACGGCAACAACUUCAGCAAUGGCAUAAGCGAUAGCACCAAAGACACCAUGGCAGAUUCCGCCGUCGACUCAUUCGCGAGUAAAGAGGGAGUGCCUUCCCAAUUGGACUCUGGAAUUAAUAACGUUGUCAAUGAUGAGGUCAACAAGUUCUAGAUAUCCAUAGCUGUUGUUAUGAUUAAUGUUGAAUGAGCGUAAACAUGGACUGGAGCAUUAUUUUGGAUUGUAUACUAUUACCACUCUUAUUGAAUUUGAAUAAUUAGUUUUCCCAAGUCA